AUGGCUCCAGGUAAUGGGCAAACCCCUCCUAACGGAGAUAGGGAUCUAAAUCAGACAAUUGGUGAAAUGAUGAGAUCUAGAAUUUCCCGUGCAUCCACUUCCGGGAACCCAAUAGAUAACAAUGCGUUAAUGGAUCUGCUGCAAGCGGUGACAACUGUAGUCACCAGACAACAAGAUCAAAUUGAUCAUAAUCGGACAAAUGGUCAAAAUGAGGAGCACCCAAAAUUAAGAAGUGGCAUGGGAGAAUUUAAGAAACUAUCUCCACCCAAUUUUGAGGGAACAACUGAUCCCAUGAUUGCUGAGCAUUGGAUCACAGAAAUGGAGAAGAUCUUCACAUACAUGAAAUGCCCUGAAGAGGAGAAGGUUGAUUAUGCAGUAUACAUGUUAAAAGACCGCGCUUACGGGUGGUGGCAAAUGCAGGUCAGGACGUUGGGAGAGAAAGCAUACAAGUUAUCAUGGGUGGAGUUUAAAAAGAUUUUUUAUGAAAAAUGUUUUCCUUCAACUGUUCGCAAACAAAAAGAACAGGAGUUUCGAAAAUUGGAGCAAGGUGAUAAGACAGUAGCUGAAUAUGAAGAAGAGUUCACUUAUCUGUCAAAAUUUUCCAUUCACUUGUUGGGUAACGAGGAAGAUAGAGCUCGUCGCUUCGAGGAAGGGCUUCGAUCGGACAUUCGGAAGACGCCAAAGAAUGAGACGAGCAACUCCUACCCAAAGAAGCGGUUCUGGCAGGAUAAUCGCGGUGGAAGAAAUAAGAAUUGGAGAAACAAAAAGCAAAACUUUGGACGCAGAGAGGAGCAAUUUCCAAAUCAGAAAACUUUAAGAUGUGAUGUUUGUCACAAACUGGGGCAUGAAGCGAAAAAUUAUUGGAGAAAUACCGGAGCUUGUUUGAGAUGUGGCCAGAAGGAUCACAAAAUAGCAAAUUGUCCCCUACAGCAAUCAUCUCGAAAUACUUUCCAGACUGCCCAGUCCAGUGGUGGGAAUCGGUAUCCUCAAGCCAAGGCCCGAGUUUAUUCUUUGACUGAGAAGAAGGCAGAAGCAAACAAGGAUGUGGUGACAGGUACGCUAACUUUUGCAUCAGUUCCUGCUCGAGUACUAUUUGAUUCUGGUGCAUCGCAUUCCUUUAUUGCUGCACAGUUUGUUAAGAGAAACAAAUUACCAUUUGAUACCCUACAACAAGAAUUGCUUGUUAGUAUACCUGGAGGUAGCAUAUUAGUAUCAAAUCAAGGUUGUAGGGGUAAAAUUUAUAUUCUCGACAAUGAACUUCCCGUAGAAUUAAUGAUGCUAGAAAUGCAUGAUUUCGAUAUCAUAUUGGGGAUGGAUUGGUUAUCCUUAAAUCAUGCUUCUAUUUUAUGUCGAGAAAAGAAAGUAGUAUUCAAAUUUCCCGGCCAACCCGAAUUUUAUUUUGAGGGCGGAAAGUCUCAACAACCCUUAAAAAUCAUCUCAGCCCUUAAAGCACAUCGAGCGCUGAGGAGUGGAUGUAUGGGUUAUUUGGCUUCAGUUGAGAUGGUUAAUGAGGGAAAACCAAGCUUGGAAGAAAUACCAAUUGUCCGAGAAUUUCCAGAGGUAUUUCCAGAUGAACUUCCAGGAAUGCCCCUAGAUAGAGCUAGUAUCUGGUACGAGUCUCAUUUCUAA